AUGUUGGACGGAGGCACUUUCCUGCUGGACUCCGAUAAAUCACCACACCCAAAUAUAGAAAGAAAAAGGGACACAGAUCAUCCAGACCGUGGCCGAAUGUGUGACAUCUUUGCGGAACUGUCUCCGUUCCACCUUGUGGCGGAGGCCUCCAGCCCCCCAGACACAGCCCCAGGCGUGUCUCCGUGUCUUAGGGGUACCCGAGAAGACGGUGAGGGUGCGCCCCCGCCCGUGAGGGCCUGGCAGACGUCCUUCCCGGAAGGCUCCCCGAAAAGAAGGCAGGUCCUCAGAGCUUUCCCGGGGGCUGCUGCCCUGUGCCAGACCCCGCGGAUUCCCAUCUUCUCCACGCGGCGGCCCCUCUCCCCUGCAGCGGCCCGCCUCUGGGGUUUCUGGACUUUUCCUUACCACGUCAGACUUAUGCCCAUCUACGUGCCGUUCCUCAUCGUUGGCUCUGUGUUUGUCGCCUUUAUCAUCUUGGGGUCCCUGGUGGCAGCCUGUUGCUGCAGAUGUCUCCGGCCUAAGCAGGAUCCCCAACAGAGCCGAGCCCCAGGGGGUAACCGCUUGAUGGAGACCAUCCCCAUGAUCCCCAGUGCCAGCACCUCCCGGGGGUCGUCCUCACGCCAGUCCAGCACAGCUGCCAGUUCCAGCUCCAGCGCCAACUCGGGGGCCCGGGCGCCCCCAACAAGGUCACAGACCAACUGUUGCUUGCCGGAAGGGACCAUGAACAAUGUGUAUGUCAACAUGCCCACGAAUUUCUCGGUGCUGAACUGUCAGCAGGCCACCCAGAUUGUGCCACAUCAAGGGCAGUAUCUGCAUCCCCCAUACGUGGGGUACACGGUGCAGCAUGACUCUGUGCCCAUGACUGCUGUGCCACCUUUCAUGGACGGCCUGCAGCCUGGCUACAGGCAGAUUCAGUCCCCCUUCCCUCACACCAACAGUGAACAGAAGAUGUACCCAGCGGUGACUGUAUAACGCAGAGUCACUGGCGGGUUCCUUUACUGAAGGGAGAGGAAGGCAGGGGUGGGUUCUCCAGGUGGAAGUCCG